UGGCAGCCAGCGGGGUUGGGGGAGGGGUUAAAAUCAGGCCGCUGUGCUCUUGCCUUGUCGUUUCGGCUGGAACCAUGGCAGCGUCUUCGUCGCGGCGUCUACAGACCAAGCCGGUCAUCACCUUCCUCAAAACUGUCCUCAUCGUCUUCAGCUUCGUGUUUUGGUUUGCAGGUAGUGCACUUUUGGUGGUGGGUGUGUGGGGCAAGGUGAGUCUGGAAGAAUAUCUGUCUCUCUUGGCUGAGAAAAGUACAAAUGCUCCCUAUGUGCUCAUUGGAACUGGUGCAGCCAUCAUCAUAUUUGGAUUCUUUGGAUGCUUUGCAACAUGCCGAGGAAGCACAUGGAUGUUAAAACUAUAUGCUAUGAUCCUGUCACUACUCUUCUUGGCACAACUUGUAGCUGGAAUUUCUGGAUUUGUCUUUCGACAUGAGAUUAAUACUGUUUUCAAGGACACCUUCCAAGAAGCUGUACAGAAAUACAAUGCAACAGGGUCCCCUGUGGAUUACAUUCAGCGAAAUUUGCAUUGCUGCGGUGUUCAAAACUACACCGAUUGGAAUGAAACUGCCUACUUCAAAAUGAAUGGAAUCCCAGUUAGCUGCUGUAGAAACAAUACUGACUGCAAACCUGGAGAUCUGAAAAACAUGACUACUGCCAAAGACGCAGUCUUUAAACAGGGUUGCAUUGUAUUGGUCAUUAGCUUCAUGGAGACAAAUAUUGGAAUCAUUGCUGGAAUUGCUUUUGGAAUUGGCUUUUUCCAGUUGAUUGGGAUCUUGCUGGCCUGUUGUCUGUCUAGGUAUAUCACAAACAACCAAUAUGAAAUGGUUUAAAAGAUCAAGCCAGAACACCUGUAUCAACAUCAGAACCUCAGUACAGUUGAAAGAACCAAGCCAGCAGUUAUUUACUCCAAACAAAACUCUACAACUGUUUUGCAUGCUUAUGGUGUAAUGUACUAAAUAGUUUUUAAAACUCUUCACAUUUAUCGUCGCAACUUAGGCAUGGGAGGCUGAACUGGUUAGUAAGAAAUGUAGACAUCAGUUUAAUCAGCAAAGCCUUGUAUUGUAGUUUUACUUGAUGCCAUGAAUUUACUACCUUGAACUUUCUUGCAUUUAAAAUUUUCUCAGCUUUGGAUUUAUGAUCGCUGUCUUCUAUUUUCAAAAAUUAAAUAUUGUCAGACAUCAAGUUUUUACUUUUUUAAAAAAAUUGAAAUUUGUCUUGGAAGUAAUAGAACACUUAUUUUUUCUACAAUAUAGUGGGUAUGAACCAUUUUACAGACACUACUGCAUUUUCUAAAGGCAAAGCAAUAUUUUCCAGUGUGUGGGAGUCCUAGAUAAUUUUUGUAUUUCUCUAAUCACCACAAAAUAUGGACUGUUUUAAAUUGGGAUGAUUUCAAACAUUCUCAAACUGGUGAAUGUAUCUAAAGCGCUAAUGCUACAAAAUAAGUAUUUGUUGUAUCUUGCAUAUGUUUUGGUGAUGGCAAAUCUGGCGUUGCUGUUUUGGUUCCACGUAUCUUCAACAUUUGUGUUGAUGCACUAUUUUUACACUAAAAUCCACCAUCAAGACUGCAAUUUUGAACCAAAGGGAGUUAUUUGGACUGUAUAAUGUAACCUUUAAUCAAUUAAUGAACUUAAUUGGCAUCAAAUAGAAGACAAUGGAAAUAUCUGAGCCACACUACAAGACAUCAACCUUUUGCAGUGUAACUCUUGAUGCACCCUUUUUUAAAAGGCUGAAGGAGGUGAACAUAGACCUACAGAAAUGGAGGGCUAUUUUUCUUCUCACUGGGUCUGUGUAGUGUAGAUUCCUAUUUAUGCCUCUUGUUCUACCGUUUCUCAGUUUUUAGCACUGGACAAUGUAGAGGUGUAAACCUCAUUGUUAUGGAACAUGUAAUAUCUUUGAUUUCCUCUGUAUAUGUAAGCUACCUGAUUUAAAAAAUAAACUAAUUAUAGAAAGCCAA